AUGCCUGCCACUUCGCCAGAGCAUAGUAUAUUUAGGGUUCGUCAUCAACUGCGCAAAGUCAACGAGAAAGCCUAUGACCCAGAGAUCCUAGCUAUCGGCCCCUAUCACUAUGGAAAUGACAAGUUCAAAUUCAUGGAGGAGCAAAAACUGCGAUACCUGCAGCAAUUGCUUGAGAGGAGAAAGGAGAGGGUCGACAGGUAUAUGCCGACUCUCAGGGAAAUGGAACAGCGGGCGCGUAAUUGCUAUGCGGAAACCAUCGACCUCUCCCAAGAAAAGUUUCUUGCGAUGAUGCUCGUUGAUGGAUGUUUCAUCGUUGAGUUGUUCCGUAAGUACAAUAUGAAGAUACCGACAGACGAAGACGAUCCGCUUAUGCAUGAAUUAGGGAUUCAAAACAGCAUUAUGCGCGAUUUACUGCUGCUAGAGAACCAGCUCCCACUUUUCGUCUUGAGCAACCUAUAUGACCUGACUAAAGAUCCGGGCGACCAGAGUGAGGUCGGCCUUCACGCCAGCGAGUACUUCCAAGUCCCCAUGCAAAAUUGGACGAUUGGCGAGGAGAUGAAGCAUCUUCUGCAUUUAUAUCACACGUGGUGCACUUCUGGCUUGCCUAAAACGCUUCAGCCAGAUUGCAAACCAGUUAAAUUCUCGGCGACAGAGCUGAGGGAGUCAGGCGUCAGGUUUAGGGCUGCGGAAGGGGGUGAACUGAGCGACAUCAAAUUCGAGAAUGGGACACUCGAGAUACCGGUCUUGGAAGUAGAAGACCACACCGAAUCAAAAUUUUGA